AUGAGAAGCCGCACUGGCUGCCCCUUCAGCAUUGAAAAGUCUCUCUCCUCCUCCUCGGUCAUUUCCCAGGUUUUCAGCAGAAAACGCAAGAUGCGACACUUGUUGUACAUAUCAAUUUUUCCCGCUCUUUGGAGCUCUGCCCUCAGCAGUGGCCUGCAGACUGACUGCGUCGAUGGUGUUCGGACCGUCAUCGCCGACUUUGUCUUCACUGGAGGGGAAGACGGAGAUUACUGGGGCAACUUAUGCGCCAACAACCUGAGCACGCUAUCUAUGUGGUCGGCAGCAAAAAAGUACUGCACCCCGGAUGAGAUAUCUGCCGGUAAUCAGCUCCUGGGCGGAUACUGCACUGAGUAUGGCGGAGUCGAACUCAUUCCUUACUCUGAUGUAUCCCCUCUGCUCACGGACAGCUUUUUUGCCAAUUUGCCAAUCGUUGACUACUCGGAUAUCAACGAAAGCGUUGUUUGGGAUCAUGCUAUUCUCAUGUCUAGAGAUCUAUACGCGGCAUCGUAUAGAACCAUAACAGUGUUUGAGGAAAGUUAUCUACUAGAUUCAAAAUACGGUUGGGGAGUUUACGGAUUUUGGGGCGCUCUUCUCAUUGUUGGCAUGGCCCACAAUUUGAGCAGCUAUCUUUUGUCAUCGCGACUGUACAAGGGCUCCGGAGAUGUCGAAGGCAAAGGCACCAGUGCAAAUCACAAGCCCGCCUUUGGCCCCUUGGGCACAGUGAAUCAUUGGGUCCGAGCUAAUUUGAUUAUUCCCACCGCAUUUGGCACUCACCAUCGGCGGCUUCUGUGGUGGUGUAACAUUCCAACGAGGAUGGAGACUCUGGUGGUUCUCUCAUACUGGUUCCUGAACCUGGUCCUAUGUGCUGUCAGCUACUACAUCUUCACCCCAAACCUUUAUUACAGCCCGGCCCAGCAAAGGUGGCGAUACAUUGCUGACCGCACUGGCGUCUUGAGCUAUGCCAAUCUGCCUGUGCUUUGGAUGUUUUCUGGCAGGAAUAAUGUCUUUCUCUGGUUGACUGGGUGGAGUUUCCAAACCUUCAAUAUCUUCCAUCGCCACGUAGCUCGCAUCGCCACCAUCCUUGCAAUCAUACACUCAAUCUGCUACACUGGACUAGAAUGGGAUUAUCUUGCCGCAGAUUGGGCUGAAAAGUAUUGGUACAUGGGAGGCAUGGCAACAGUGACCAUGAGCUUCCUGUUACUAUUUUCAUCAGUGUGGCUCCGAAAAAGAGCCUAUGAGAUCUUCUUGUUGAUACACAUUGUCAUGUCUGUCUUGACAUUGGUUGGCCUAUGGUAUCACACCGAAAUCUGGGACGGCGAAUAUGAUCCUUAUAUUUGGCCACCGGUUGCCAUAUGGAGCGUCGAUAGAUUGGCACGUCUUGUUCGCAUUUUGUGUUGCAAUCUGCGGGUAAAGUUCUCCGGCCAAGUGUCAGCGACACAAGCAUUGGUCACCUAUCAUACGGAAGCAAACCUAUUGAAAAUAGAGAUUACGCCCGUAUCACACCUUUUCAAGCCAGGUGCGGGUCAGCACUACUAUCUCUACCAGCCUUUGAAGUGGAAAGGGUGGGAAAACCAUCCAUUCACGUUAGCUGGGUGGAAAAAUGGCGACACACAGCAAAAUCAUACGACCGCAACGCAACUCGGGGCUAACAUAUCAGGAGUCCCUGACGACUCCAAAGGGCACGAUAAAGAAACACAGAUCAUGCCUGUGUCGUCAUCAUCGAGUGAUGCAGAUAUGUCGCAGAAUGCCCCGAUCAGCCCCCAACGCGAGAGUCAAGCUGUGCAUGUCCCUAAUCAUAAUUCGCGGGAUACCUUUACUUUUUACGUGCGACCGCACAGCAGCUGGACGCAACGGCUUCGCAAUGAGUGCAAUAAAUCAGUCGAAGGAACCAUUAGCGCCCGCAUGCUGAUCGAGGGUCCUUAUGGUCAUCAUAGCCCGUUGCGGGCCCAUGAAAACGUGAUAUUUGUCGUCGGUGGAACGGGCAUCGGCGGUGCCAUCCCAUAUCUACAGGAACACAGCGAGAGUUUGACCUCUGAGAGCAAGAUUAUGGCAAGUCGUACGAAAAACAUAACACUGAUCUGGGCAACGAAGCAGUCAGCCAUGAUUCGGCAUGCAGCAACCACGGACCUGAAACCAUUCCUGACCCGCACAGAUGUCACGACCCAGUUUUUCGCAACUUCGCGCACGGAGUCGUCAGAGAGCGUGCAAUCAGACAAACUGGAGAAAGUCAACAGUCUUGACCUCGGACUGAGCCCGGCUAUUAGACGCGGACGCCCAGAUGUUACAAAGGCCAUUCUAGAUUACAUCAACACUGUCCACUCGGGAAGUCGAGCUAGUGGGCAAGUCGCCGUCUUCACAUGUGGGCCAGCGGCUAUGGCGGACGAUGCACGGGUGGCGGUGCAUAAAGCUCUGAAGGAGGGCAAGAGAGGAGUCGCAUACUUUGAGGAGACCUUCGGGUGGUGA